GUAGCUUGUGAUCCUCAUUUCUCAUCAUCAUUUCACUGAUGUUCUCGUUUUCUAUAUUUUCUUAAAUUUCUCAACUGCCGAUGUCACAGCUGACAUCCAGUGUAUGGAUGCUACCAAGGUGCACAAAGGGUAGAGGGAAUGGAAGAGAACUUUUAAGGCUUUUAUCAGAUUACCGUUCUCUUGAAUCUAAACACUUUGGAUAGGUUUAUUUACUGUUGAGAGACUACUCAACAAUGGAGGGGUUUUUGUUGUAGUGGAUGUUGUUGCAUUUAGGUUAUUUCCCCCCCUCGAGACUGCUGUAUACUGCUGUAUUUUUUUUUCCUUUUGUUCCACCUGUGUGUUUCACCUCUCAGAUACUCUGUAGAAUCUGUUGGGACUUUUAUGGAGUGUGAAAUAUUUGCAGUAUGUGCGAAGUUUGGAGGAGCAAAGUGAGACAAAGCAUGGCUGAUGGAACUGCAGAGUGUUGAACCCCUCUGUCCCAGGAGGCAGCCCAGAGAUGACCACAGUGUCCAUGGAGCCUGUAGGAGUCCUCGUGGAAAGGGGCGCCAAUUCCACUGACCCCCCUCUGAACUCACAUGAGGACCCAGUCGCCACCUUUACUAUCGGCACCAUUCUCUCCAUCAUGUGCCUUGUCGGAGUCUCGGGGAAUAUCUACACCUUGGUGGUCAUGUGCCACUCCAUGAGGAAUGCAGCUUCUAUGUACAUCUACAUCAUAAACUUAGCUUUGGCAGAUCUGCUGUAUCUUCUCACCAUACCCUUCGUAGUCUGCACACACUUCCUGAAGGGAUGGUACUUUGGGAACACAGGGUGUCGGAUUCUGAUCAGCAUGGACUUCCUGACCAUGCAUGCCAGCAUUUUCACGCUGACAAUUAUGAGCACGGAGCGCUACUUUGCCGUGCUGAAGCCACUUGACACAGUCAAGCGAUCUAAAAGUUAUCGGAAGGCCCUCGCUCUGCUGGUCUGGGCAGCUUCUCUCAUCCUGGCCCUACCAAUGAUUGUGAGCCUUCAGCUAAUGACAGUGGGCAAGAAAGCUAUGUGUCAGUCCACUUUGUCCCCACUCUCCUACAAGGUUUACCUCUCCUUCUUGUUUUGCACUAGCAUUGUCGCUCCAGGACUGAUUAUUGGCUAUCUCUACACCCAGCUUGCACGCACUUAUUGGGUGUCACAGACACAGACCUUCAAACAGACGAACAAACUUCCCAAUCAAAAGGUGCUAUACCUGAUCUUCACCAUUGUGCUCCUCUUCUGGGCAUGCUUCCUGCCAUUCUGGAUCUGGCAGCUGCUGGAUCAGUUCCACCCUAGGCUGUCCCUCUCCACCAAAGCCAAACGCAACAUCAACUACCUGACCACGUGUCUGACGUACUCCAACAGCUGCAUCAACCCUUUCCUCUACACGCUGCUCACCAAGAACUACAAAGAGUACCUGAGGAAGCACAAGCGCUCCUGGACAACUGGCAGCUACUUCAACAGAAGGAGUCGUUUUCAGCGUUCACCUCGCAGGUCACCAUCUUCAAGCAGUCAGCAAUGUACUGAGAGCUUCAUGCUCACGCACACAGCCUCCCUGCGAGCUCAUAACAGCAGUUUGUGAGGUAUGAUAUGAGGGCUGUGCUGGCUGAGGAAGAGGAAGAAAGGACAGGCAGAACCUGCUGGAGAUGACACAAGACCCUGAACAGACCCUGAACGCCUCAUCACCCCAACUUUGAAAGAGGACGACAAAGGCAGAAGUUUCUUUAGUAUUUGCAGUUCAAUAUGUGUGGGCACAAUGAACACCAAUAGGAACUGAGUGAGGAGCUGGCUGCUUCUGUUUGACAGCGUGUACAAAAUAGACACCCUCAUGUCUGUAUUUAGGCUAUUUGUCACUCCCAUGAUGUCCUGUGACAUGAGGAGGAAGAUCAGCGUCUUACAUAACACAAGAGAUUUUUGAACUUUUAUUCUUUCUCAUAUGUUUACCCUCUGUCCUUCUCAUGCUGCAUUGUGUUGGACUGCAUGUCAAAGUGUCUCUGAAACUGUUAUUUCUUGGUGAUUGAGGAGAUGUGCACGUAGUGACAACAGGGGAGUAAUGCUGUUGAAGCAAAAGAGAGGUAAGGACGAGAUUAUUGAGGCAUCAGUGGUUUGAUUUCAGUGGGGGGGGGGGUAUAGUAAUGUAAUAGUAAUGUCAGUCAAGCUGAAGUGAAAAGAAAAGCGUGUGACAUGAUAUUUUAAAUCCAUGACAGAUGAGAAGAGGCUUCAGCUGUAGCCAAUGAAUGCUUUAUGGAGGACAUCUUGAAUGUUCUUAUUUCGAAACAGUACUUUGACAUUUUAGGAAAUAUGCGUAUUCGCUUUCUUGUUAUGAGUUAGAUGAGAAGCUGCAUACCAAACAUGAAUAUACACCAAUC